AUGGCGUCAGGACGGGGAGGUAAUCGCAGCAGGGUCGUCUUUAGGAAUCAUUCUAACUCAGGCCACGACGGUCGCAGGAGCAACAACAAGACAUUCCACAACCUUCGUAGAUCCAGCAUAGCCAACAUCAACAUAGUGCGGGAAAAACUUCUCUCUCGACGCAGCGCGUUUUAUGACGACGCCAAAGAGGCGCUUGUGAAAGAAAACAAUGGUAUCCGCGUCUGGUACCACAACUAUACUACAAUCGACUGGAUUCAUGAUUUUGUUAAGGAACGAGUGCGCUUGCGACACUUGCGGUCGUUGGGCGGGGUUCGUGGGGCUCUCAAGAACAGAGCGGAUAGCUUGAAAGGCUGGGUCCUCGUACUCUUAACAGGUGUGAUAACGGCAUGCUUGGCCGCUUUCAUCGAUGUCUCAAGUUGGUGGCUCGGUGAUCUGCGCAUGGGCUACUGCACCACUAGCUUCUGGUGGAGCCAGUACUUUUGCUGUUGGGAAUCAAGUACCUCGGACACGUGCCCCGAGUGGGUAUCCUGGUCAAAAGCUCUUUCUUCUGACAACUUCGCCCUGAACGUCUCGAAUGAUACCUUUGAUUGGAUCACACUUUUUGCGAGUAUUUGUGUCAUCAUGGUCACUUCCGAUGGAACUGUAUCUCAACAGAGGUCUCAUGGAGCAACAAAACAACGGAGCGGAUUCAAUAACGGAGGAAUCUCUACCUCCGCAUCCAGGAACACAAUGGAGUCGGUUCUUGAUGCUUCGCAACCCAAGAAAAUCGCCUAUUUCGGUGCUGGAUCCGGCAUCCCCGAAGUAAAAACGAUCCUCGGAGGUUUCGUCAUUCGUGGAUUUUUAGGAUUCAGAACCUUGAUGAUCAAACUCAUUGGUCUUCCCCUCAUGGUAGCUUCAGGACUUAAUAUGGGCAAACAAGGUCCCCUUGUCCAUAUUGCGUGCUGCGUGGGCAAUAUUGUGUGCCGCAUCUUUGAUAAGUACAACCGCAACGACGGUAAACGAAGGGAAAUCCUGUCCGCUGCUGCCGCAUCUGGAGUUGCCGUUGCUUUUGGCGCCCCUAUCGGCGGAGUUUUAUUCUCGCUUGAGGAAGUAUCCUAUUACUUUCCAAGUAAAACCAUGUGGCGCACGUACUUUUGUGCGCUGACUUCAGCUGUCGUGCUAAAGAUGAUCAACCCUUACCGUGUUGGAAAAACAGUGCUCUUCCAAGUUACCUAUGACAGAGAUUGGCACUUGUUCGAAUCCAUACCAUUCUUCUUUAUUAGCGUGUUCGGGGGCGUCUAUGGAGCCCUCUUUUCCCAAUUCCACAUGUCCUACUCUCGCUUUCGAUCGAGAACAUGGAUUGGUCGGCACCCUGUUCAGGAGGUUGUGAUCGUCACCCUGAUUACUUGCGCCAUACAAUGGCUCAAUCCAUGGACUCGAGUCAAUCUGCUGCAGCUCUUGACCAACCUAUACAGCGAGUGUACUCCUGAUAACAAUCUGAACGGCAUGUGCGCUGUUCAAAUCGACCAGAUCUAUCCCAUUUUUCUUCUCCUAGCAGAAGUGUUUGUGAUGAAAGUCGCGCUCAACUUCAUCACCUUUGGUGUCAAAGUUCCAGGAGGCAUCUUCAUCCCCACCAUGGUCGCGGGGGCAGUUUUCGGGCGCAUGGUUGGGCUUGGCGUUCAGUGGCUCAUCGCCAAAUACCCGGAGCACCAGAUCUUUCAAGUAUGUGAGGGCGACAGCAUGGAUUGCAUCAUCCCUGGUCUCUAUGCCAUGAUCGGUGCGGCAGCCUGCUUAUCGGGUGUAACCCGCAUGACAGUGUCCCUCGUCGUUAUCAUGUUUGAGCUCACGGGUGCAAUGACAUACGCUCUCCCUAUCAUGAUGGCUGUCAUGAUUGGCAAGUUUGUCGGCGACGCUUUCUCACCAGACGCAUUCUUCAACAAGCUGAUCGAUUUGAACGAGCACCCUUAUCUGGACAGUAAAAAGGACUAUAAUACGUUUGGAACGGCUGCCGAUAUCGCUGAUCAGUACCUGGAUACGAUCGAUGUUAAUGAUGUCAAUGAUGUGGACUCGCUGAGGCGUAAGGUCGAGAUCCUGACUGCCUCAGGUUACUCUGACGGAGGAUUGCCUAUCGUGGAUCGAGGCAUUUUGGUGGGCUACAUCGCAUCCAAUGAGCUAGAGCACGCUUUAGGCCUGGCGGAACAGAAGCAUCCAGAGUGCAUCUGCAUCUUCAGAAACCGGGCGUCCUCUAAUGUUCCUGCGACAGAAAUUAUGACUUCGUUGAAUGAUCUAGAGACGCAAGCCGGCGUUCGCGACAGGGAGUUAGGAUUAGGACUUGGACUGGCGGCCUCCCCGGUCCACGAUAGUUCGCCUCGUAUGAAUUCGCGGUCUAGACAGAGGUGGAUGCAGAAUCGGUCGAGGGGCGACAGCGAAUAUGACAACGACAUGCAAGGCCACGAUAAACCGGUUCGAGAUGACCUUGCUCUCUUUGGGAAGGACCGGCUCCACGCAAGCAAGGACAGUCUAGAUCAGUUGCCGCGCUCGGACAAUAAGAGCUUUAAGAGCUUCAAGAGUACCAGUACCCACUGGAGCCGGGGCGGCGAUGGUGUUUCUCUUGUAGAUGAGGAUACUGGCCUUGUCUCUCAAGAUUAUUCACGACACUAUGCCCAUAACAAUGGUCGUGUCAGCAGCACAGGAACUUCUCAUUUGUUGCGCGAUCCUGCCCAUACCAUGGACUUUACGCCCUUUACUGACCAGGCGCCGCUUGCAGUCAGUCUAUUUUCGUCAAUGGAUUUGGUGAUGGAGCUUUUUAUCAAGCUGGGCAUCAAAUACGUGUGCGUAGUCAAGGCCGGCGAGCACUAUGGCAUGAUCCACAAGAAGCGACUGUUGACCUUCCUGAGAGAAAAUGACGAUAAGCAAAAACGCUACAACCGAAACGAGUGCUUCUAA